AUAAACAAACUGUCGCUUGUUGUAAAUUGUAACUCUAUUGGGACGAACUCAUUUAAGAACUAUAGAAAUAAAUGAAAAAUGUCGCGUCGCGCUUUUCCUAAUAACGCUGAAAGCAACGCAUGUGAAAGAGAUCGAUUGAAUUACUAUGAAAACCAACGAAACAUCAAACCAGGAAAUUGUAAUAAGUUCUUACAUGCCGUCAUAGACCCCGAUUUCCUCCAGGAUCCCUACGGAUCCGAAGUGCUUACCAAACUAAACGAAUUGAAUCUGAGGUACGAAAUCAAGCGGCAAUUGAUUCCAAGGAUUGUUACAUUCUACCGUGCAGCAGUUCAACAACAACUAACAACUCAGGGAUCCAUGACUGAGAAAACUGUGGAUCAAAAGCACAUUGUUUAUCUUCUUCCAGGGGAUCGGUUGGUUGAGCACGUUAAAACUGGCAACCUGCUGCAAACGAUUGAACAGAUCCAACAGCUUUAUCCCGGUAAAACCAUAUCCCUUCUGGUAUUUGGUUUGGUCAGUCACUGUAAGGCCAAUCGUGGUUGUGUAGGACGAACCGAAACAGAAACAGCUCUUACGGAAGUGCAGCUUUUCGGAGGUUGUUCGCAUCAGUUGCUUGAAACGGCCGAAGAGGUUGGUACUUGUGUUGCUCAGCUCGGCAAAAGUUUAGCAGAGCUACCAUAUAAACAGCAGCAAGCUGAUAAAUACAGCCAGGAGCAGUUAUACAUGGGCAAUGAGAAGAAAGGAUGUGUCCGUGUUGAAGGAAAUGCCGGUCUACACCAACUGUACCAGAACCAGUUGAUCAAGAUACCGUCGGUGACCCUUGAAGUGGCUGAAGCGAUUAUAAGUGUCUAUCCAAGUUUGAGCCAGCUGAUUGAUGCUUUUCGAUUCGCUGCUGAUGGACCAAAUUUGCUUGCAGAUAUUCCUAUCCGAAGAGCAGCAGGUCCUAUCACUACUUCCAUUAGACGAAUAGGGCCUGAACUGAGUAAAAAAAUUUAUUUAUUGUAUAGUACAAUCGAAGGGAAACAAGAGCUGUGAUGUUUCGGUUUAUAUGAAUAAUGUUUUUUUUUUCAAUAUUACAUAAAUUUAUUUGCAUCUUUGUACAAAAAAUCUGAUUACAAUUAUUCUAAAAGAUAAAA